AUCCUCUCUGGCACCUUGCACCGCAGCCUCCUCACCCCACUGCAAUCCAUCGCUGGCUGUCAAGCUUUCGUUGCCAAAAUGUGCCUCAGUCUCAGCUCACUGCUCGUGCUGGUGCUGGGGGUCAGCCUGGGGGCUUCCUUUCCCCAUGACACGCUGAGGAACGACUGCAGGCUGUCCAAGUACCAGAACAUUGCACCAGAGGAGAAGAAGGCUGUGGACAAGAUGAGACAAGAGUUUGUGAGUAUUGCUGGCGACAGGGGGCUGCGGGCUGGCAGGGGGGGCACACCUCUCCUGUCAGCCGGUUCCACCUCCACCCGCACCCCCGGGCAGGUCUCCGAGACCCCCCAUCCUCCAGCUCUGGCGCUGAGGGUCACUAACCAGCCCAACUCACACCCACAGAUGUCCGACCGAGUGCUGCUGGUGGCGGCCGAGCUGAACCUCACCACUGCCAUGCUGGAGCUGCCCGCUGUCCCCAGCUUUGCCCAAGUGCGCCGGCGGCCUCUGCAGUUCUUCAGGCAGGCCCGGGAGGAUGUGCGGGGCUGUGUGAGUGUGGAUCCUUCGCAGCAGCCCUCGGGCAGGCUGAGGCACUGGCUGCACAAGCUGCAGGCGGCCGUGCACACAGUAAGUCAGGACAGCGGGGUGACGCUUUCGGGCUGUCAGCGCCCCCACUUCAGAGCUGAUUCGCUCCAUCUUCCCCCGCAGGAGACCCCCGAGAGCACGGCGUGCCUGAGGACCACCACCAUCCUCCACGCCCUGCAAGUGCUGACCGACCUGAGCUGCGCUGCCCUCCAGGACAAGUGCUGAAGCGGCACCGCCCCCGAGGGACGCCCCGAGAAACGGGGAAAAGCGACUGCUCCGCGCUGUUACUUCUCAUUUAACCUAUUUAACCCUUUUUCUCA